GGGGGGAAGAGGGAGAGAGGGAGAGGCAGAAAUUGGGAAGGACGGAUGGGGUGUGGGUGCAACUAGUGAUCCCAAGGAGCAGGACGAGCCCGCCAGAAGCACCGCCGCCGGUGGAUCUCUCCGGCCAUGAGGCAGAGGCCAUCGGCGGGCUCCAUCUUUCAUUCCUUUCGCCAAACCCGAAGAAGGGCUGAGCAGCAGAAAGAUACGCACACCACACCACACGCACACAUCUCCUGCUUCAACACUCCUUGGGGAGGCAACAUUGAAAGACAGACAGCAAGAAUGGGCUAGUGUGGGUAUGGGGCGGAAAACAAAAAUAAAACAAAAAUAAAACAAAAAAAUAAGUAUAGAAAUAGAAAUAAAAAUAGAAGGUAAGAACAAAACACGAAGGUGAAAUAAAAUACAGAAGGGGUAUCAACCAGAUCCACCGGAAAAUCCAGUUGAUGCAAAUUGCAGAUCCAGUCGAAUGGUAGUUUUAGUUAAGCAUAAGAAAAGCGUAUGACACAAGAUAGGCAUGGGAACUAGGAUCGAGGAGGAACAGGGGGAAAUUGAGAUGACCCAAACACCCACCACCAAACCACAUUGGUAGUCAUGGAUGUCUACGGAUCAAUCUCGCAGGGAAGAAAAUAAGAACAGCAAAUCGACAGAAAACUGGAGAGAGCAUCAUAAUACAGUAGUAGGAUGUAUGUGUUGGCAGGGUGUAUGUGGUAUUGUGAUAAUGAUCCAAUCCUGGUUCAUACUUCCCAUGGAGCGACAGACAAGAGAGCAACUUACUGGUAGUACUGAAGAAAGUGUGAAUCCACGCUGGCGGGGAUGAUGAGAAGCAGGUACCCCGUUUCACUUUGCUGGGGUUGGUUUGGUUUUGGGUUGCUGGUAACUACUAAAAGUAGGUCCCAACCUUAGCCGUGGCAGUGGAGUGACGUUGACUUUAUCGUCCUGGUUGCACACACACACACUCAACUCAACUUGAACUGCGUCGUCUUUCUUAGUCCACGGUGUCUUCUGCUGCUGCUGCUGUCAACGUUUUUUAACUUGCGGCUCUUUCACUUGCUUUCCCUCCAGAUAGUGCGUAAACUUUGGGAAAUGAAUGACCAAGAUAAAAUCCUCCAAAUGACGCCAAUGCAGGGAAAUAAUCAGUAGUGGGGAACAAGUCAUGUAACAAUCCGAGAUUCAAGACGAGAAGAGUAGGGAGAUUUUAAGAUUUAGGUAGAACAAGUGAAAGUCAAAAUUGAUGAAAGAGGGGGUGGAAGGAGGUUAAUGAGGGGACGGAAGAGUGGAUCGGGGGAUCGCUAAGGGACCGCCAAUUCGAGACGGAAACCAAAAUGAGACGGACGCCCCAGGACGGUGUGGUGAAUUGCAGGUACCUGGAGGAUGGAUAAACGGGGCAUGGGAUUGGAAAUUAUCGGGGUUAUAAUCGGAUGAGGGGGGUUUGAGAUUGGAGAUGGGAUGACGGAUAGGCUCGGGUAAGGGACAUGCAGUGCAAGUCUG